AUGCAAUUUGUGCCAACUCUUUCUGGUGGAGACUUUGACACCAUCAGCUGCAAGAGUAACCAGCAGAUCCUAGGGUUUCACACAGGGUCGGGGGGGAUUCCUCUUGCCAGGAAGUUGUGUUAUGCUGCAGGUGGGGUUCCUUAUCAGAUCACCACAGUAGCUAUUAGUAUCUCCUUGCAGAUUUUCCUUCUGGAUGUUGUGCAGAUGGAGGCCUCCUACGUCUCCAUGAUUUUAUUUGUGAGUCGGGCCUGGGAUGCUGUGACGGACCCUCUGCUGGGAUACCUGGUGAGCCGCAGUAACUGGACACCCAUCGGCAAACUCACUCCAUGGCUGGUUCUUUCCACUCCAUUUGGUGUUCUGUCCUAUCUGCUGCUGUGGUUUGUGCCACGAGGCUCCACGUCUGAGGCCGUCAGCGUUCUGUGGUUCCUGGUAGCUGCUUGCCUGUUCGAGACCCUCAUGAGUUGCUACAACGUCCCCUACCUCUCUCUGAACAUGUUCCUGGGGGGAGAUCAGCGAGACAGAGACUCUGCCACCGCCUACAGAAUGAGUGUGGAGGUGGUGGCGAUGCUGCUGGCGUCGGUGAUUCAGGGACAAGUCGUGUCCGUGUACAACUCAGAGAAGCAGGAGGCCUGUCAGCAGCUGGACCAAACACCUCAGAGCACAUCUGCACCACAACCUGCUUCACUUCAGGAGACGGAAAAGGCCUUCCUGACCUCCGCUCUGGUCAUGGGUGCCUUGUUUUUCCUCUGCAGUCUGGUUCUCUUCCUGGGAGUGAAGGAGCAGCGGGCCCCUCUCUGCUCUGAUGACAAACUAAGACCAUCCUAUCUGACCUCACUAAAGAUGCUCAUAUGCCACGUUCCUUACCAACGCCUGGUGCUCGGCUUUGUGUUCAGUGCAUUUGCUUUUCAGAUGUCUUUGGGUAAUUUUGCACUUUUUUGCAGUCAUGCCGCUGGGCUGGGAGCCCAGUUCCAGCACCUCCUGCUGGUUUUACUGGCUUCUGCCUCAAUAGCAGUACCUCUGUGGCAAAUAGUUCUUCUGAGAAUUGGAAAAAAGACCACAGUUUUCAUCGGCUUAUCUCUCUUCAUCCCAGCAGUGAUUGUAGUUGCCUGUGUUCCCAGUAACCUGCCAGUCUUCAUGAGUAUGUGCAUUUUGAUGGGGUUCAGCGUGGCAACCAUAUUCUUGCUGCCCUGGUCAAUGCUCCCAGAUGUGGUGGAUGACUUUGCUGUGAGCCAUCCGUCCUGUAAAGACCUGGAGCCUCUGUUUUUCUCCUGCUAUGCCUUCUGCAGUAAGCUGGCAGGCGGACUGUCUGUUGGACUCUCAACCAUGACAUUACAGUUUGUGGGCUACAAAGCAGGUGCGUGUAACCACGGUGACGGAGUGGUGGCGGCUCUGAUUGUGCUGUUCUCACCAGUUCCCAUCACACUUCUGCUGAUAGGGAUGCUGUUUUUUCGCUCCUACCCAAUCAAUGAGAGAAAGAACUUGCAGCUCCUGGAACAAAAACUCCAGUAA